CAUCGACAGUCGAGCGCACACAUAGCCGACAAACAAACGGCAUCUUGUCAUCACCCUCGCCGGGCCCCUCGUCAGCAUGGCUUCGCACGCAGGGAAUGGCAGCGGGAAGACCAAUGGCGAUGCGAGGCAGAAGCAAGCGGCUCAUGCAGCUCCCGCUGCAAAGGAGGCGCCCCCCGUGAGCGACCCUGCCGAAAAGCACAGGGAUGUGGGCACCGACGAGGACCCGUCGCAGGCCGCCCUUCGUCCGCGGCUUGGCCAUGCCGACGACGAAGAUGACGAUGUCGAUGACGAAGACGAACAUGCCGGUGAUGAUGCUAAGGAGCAAGUCGAUGAACAAUUGAGGAGAAAAAGGGAUAGAGAAGGUAGCUUGGAGCCGUCCUUGUCCUCUUCACAGCAGGGAGCAUCGACGCCCGAUGCGAUCCCAACGAAGAAGAAUCGACUGCAGACCGACAUCAUUGGUGAGGAACCCGCGUCAUCAUCCACGGCGGCAGCAGGAAGCGCAGUGGGCCUCUCGUCGUCUCCCUCGAGGAGUACAGGGGGUCUUCAGGAAGGGGAGAAAGUGGGGCAAAUUCGCAAGAGGGUGCGGGACCUGAGUUGGAAGCAGAGAAAAGAGGGCCACCGGGAUGACGGACUAGAGGAAAAUGAUGAGGACGAAGAAGAGGAGGGGAAAGUAGAUGAUAAAGAGAGCAAAGAGAGUGACGGCGAAGGGGAAAAGAGCCAGACAAAGGCAGAAAUCGAAGGCAAACCCCCUCCUCUUCCACGACGAACGCAGCCCACGUUUGAAUCCUUCUCUUCGUCUUCUUCAGGUGCGCCUGCUCCUGCAUCCUCGUCUUCGCCGUCAGGCGCUGCAGCUACUCCGGUGCGCAAGCAGCCGACCUUUUCGCUGUUCUCCAGCAGCUCUUCGCCCUUCAGUAGCGCAACUGCGAAUGUCGCUGGACCCAGCUGGCUUGCCGGCAAAACGACGUCGUCAUCCACUGGGAUCAAGCCGAGUACACUGGGGACGAGCGUAGGUGGAGGCGAAUCUUCGUCGUCACCCUCCCCCGCGCCUUCUGCACCGCAAGCUUCGUCAUCAACGGGGUCCUCAACGCCCAAGGCUGCCGCAAGUGGAAACAAGCAGCUCGGCUUUGGCGCCUUUGCAACAAGCAAGCCUUUCUCAUCAGUGCCCUCUGGGAGCCCAUCUCAGGCCAAGUCUCCCUCGGCUGUGUCUUCCACUUCGUCUCGCUCUGACCGCCAGACGAGUGCAACUGCCGAUGCCGUUGCGAACGGCACGGCGGAGCAAACCGACGAGAACUCCAAGCGCGUCGCGGAAAAGGAGCCGAGGAGCUUUGACGAUGUCUUGCGAGAGGGUGGCGGGGCUGCUAAUGACAAGUCGACUACGACGAACAAGCUCAGUACACAGCUGGAGCGGGGCGAAGCAGACUUGCGGACAGGAGAAGAGAACGAAACCAGCGUCUACUCAGCUCGUGCCAAGUUGUACACGAUGGCGGCCGACAAGAGCUGGAAGGAGCGGGGAACGGGGACGGUGCGGUGCAAUGUGCCAAAGAAGGAUGCUGGCUCAGCUCGACUCGUCAUGCGAGCCGAGGGUGUGCUGAGGCUCAUCCUCAAUGUCAAUCUGUUCGCCGGCAUGAAGAUCGAUGUCGAGCAGGACAAGUUUGUCAGGAUCGUCGCGAUGGAAGACGGCCAGCUCGUCCACUUUGCUCUCAAGCUCGGGAACCCCGCGGUGGCUCGAGGGUUCCUCGACGCCGUCAAAGGCUGUAUCCCGGCAAAGAGCGCUGGAGACAGCGCGGCAGAGCGCGAUGUCGGCGAAGUUGCAUGAUACACCCCAUUUGCACUCUCACCAAUAACGUUCUGAGAUUGCCGCUGGCAGCUCCCUCUGCUCGAUUUGCUUCGGUCCCACACCACGUACGGCCCGACAAAGAAGGCGAGGGCCAUGGCCAAGAAGGAGAGGGAAAAGAAAGUUAAGAAAAAAAGGGGUACUUGUCAUUAAUUGGCCUCUUCUAAAUGAUUCUCGUUGCCUUUCAAUCAAGUACUAUUCCCCAGGCAACGACACUGAGAAA